AAGAGUUCCUGGAUCUGAAGUUAAACAUUAAAAACAAAUCUGUUGAAAGUCAAAGCAAGCGCAGAGCUGGAUUCUUGACCUGGUGAUUAACCUAGAGAUUAACUCAGACUAGAAUGGGCAGUAAAACACUCGGCGGCUGUUUGACUGUGCUUGUGGCCUGCUUGGUUAUCACAGAUGGGCUGAGCCUGCGGGGGGCAGGAGCGGAGCCGCGCUGCCGCUGCAUUGGGACAGAGGGCCGGCGCAUCGGGAAACUGAUUGCGAGGGUGGAGAUGUUCUCCCCAAGCCCUCACUGCAAAGACACGGAGAUCAUUGCCACCUUAAAGGAUAGUGGAAAAGAGAUAUGCUUGGACCCCAGUGCUCCAUGGGUUAAAAAGGUCAUUAACAUCUUGUCAAGAAACCAGAGAUGAAAUCUGUUCCUAAAAAACUUCUACAGUAGCUACAACGCUGUCCAGUUCUGAGUGUGUGAUGGCUGUGACCUAGCCUGGCAUAGCCAUAUGUAAGCUUCCGCUCAAUUUUCAUUUCCCUUCACCAUUACCUCUGUACGAUAUUAGUACAAGGGUUUGGUAUGACCAGGCUGGCUGUGAUCCAAUGCUUGGAAUAUUUCUGUACUUAAACGCACUGAGAGUGAAUGUUGAAGAUGUAUGGUUCACACAUGUUCCAGGUCAUGGGUACAGUACCUGUAAAUUACAAUAUUUGUACAAUACAUUACAAUGUUUUAAAAUAUUUGCACUGAACAAUUAUGUUUUUCAAAAAUGACCUGUGAUGCACAGUUUUAUGAAGAGAGGCUUAGAAAAACAUGGAUGUACUGCACCCUCUGUUGGUGAAGUAAAAGAAGUGAAAACGUGUCUAUCUGGCUCAGAGCACUGAGUAUCAAGACAGAAAAGCACAAAAACAUUCUGUAAUCUGUAAGUGCUUCUUCACUUGGCUGAGCCUCCUAACUGUCUCUUUUAAUAUCAGCCAUAGCUAUGUAACGUAAGCUAAGGCAACGUAACACCAUACUACUAACUGGUCGGUGUGGUAAUAUAAUGUUACAAUUUACAACAUUUUAUUUGCUGUAUCUGAACUUGCAUGCUGUCAUAUGAAGCAUGGGUAUGAAUUCAGAUUGUGGCUUUUUUGUUUUGUAUUUUGUUGACUUCACCAAAAAUACACGUAUUUGCGUAUUUGCUAUAAAAUGUGCCCUCUAUUGGUUGAUAAGAGGGAAGGCUGCAGGUCAGGAGAUUAAAAUUUUUCUCAA